AAACCCUACAAAUUUUUUUUGUUUUUGAAAGCAAUCAAACCCUACAAUUUAAAACUCAUAAUUGGAUGCACAAUAGAUUCAUUGGAUUUCUCCACUGAAUCCAAUCCAUUACCAAAUAUUUCAAUUAUUGUCCAACUAACCUGUCACAAACCUCAUGUCAGCUCCAUCGACUCGCAGGCUCAGGGAUCGUAACGGCGCCGGAGCCAAAACCGCCGCAGUUCAAAAAUACACGAAAACCCUCACCCCAAUUUCGACUUCGGAACUAAACCCCAGUUCCGCCCUAAAAAAAUCACUCUCCGUUAAAGAGAAUCUCAGGCUCAAUUCACGGGCCCAGAAGCCCACGGUCGGGUCAGUGCCGCGUGUCGACAAAGCUGCCGCCGUUGUUGUUCCGGGGACUGACGGCAGUGAAGGGCGCGCACGGUGGUCUACGUCAUCGGUGGCGAGAGGUAGGAGUUCAAGCCCUUCUGAGUUCAUUAGGGUUUUUAGAGAUUCUAGGAUUUCAAAGGGAGACAGUGACAGUCGUGUGGUGUUGAGUGCAAGGAAAAAGACUGGGACUAGAGGCUUUAUAGAUUCUAAAGAAAAUAGAGGAUUUGGUGUGGAAUUUGAGAAGAGUGGAUUUUGUGAACGAAAUGAUGCAAAAGGAGAAGAAAAUGAAUAUAAUUCAAGUGGGUGUAGGUCUUUGAGUGGUAAUUAUAAAAAAAGGGCCAAUUUAAGCUCUAGCGUGAUAAAAGGUAGUGAGGUUGAUGAUGUUUCGGGUUCAAAUGUAGAGUCAAAAUUCCCGAAAGGUGUUAAAAUAGAUAAGUUAUGCGUACAUAAGUCUCGAUCUGAUAAAUUUGACUCUGAAAAAGAGUCUAAUGAGAGAAAUGGUAGUAAAGCUAGAGUUUUGGAGAAUUCUAAGGAGAAGGAUUUGAUUGAAGAGAGUACUGGUAGCAAGCCUGGCGUUAAAUAUCCUAGCAAGCUUCAUGAGAAGCUUGCAUUUUUGGAAGGGAAAGUGAAGAGAAUUGCAUCUGACAUUAAGAGAACAAAGGAGAUGUUGGAUAUGAAUAAUCCAGAUGCAUCCAAGGUGAUUCUUUCAGAUAUUCAGAGCAAGAUUUCUGGGAUUGAGAAGGCAAUUGAACAUGUUGGAGGUGAUUCGUCCAAAAAUGUUGGCAAUGAAGGUGGAGAGAAUGAGGUCCCUGGGAAUAGUAAAAAUGAGAAAGCAGAUCAGGCGAAGGGUUCAGUUAAGGGAUUGAGCAAUGAGGAACUUGAAGCAAGACUUUUUCCUCAUCAUAAGGUGCUUAGAAAUAGAGCAUUAAUGAAGGAAUCAUCUGGAAGUUCUGAGAUUUCCAAGGGGUCUAAUUUCCCUGACUCAAUUUGUGAGUCAGAGAUCAAAGAGAAGUUGUUGAGCCCUAUUGAAGAAAAUCCAAUAGCAGUAGAAUUUUUGUCUUCCCUUAAUAAGGAGGAUACAAAAGUAACUCUGAGAGAUACAAAGGCUGGCAUUGAAUCUUGUGAUGUUAAAGAAACUAGUGGUACUGGAGCUUCAGGAAAACAAGAUUCAUUGAACUCUUCCCAUGCCAAGUGUAGUGAGGAGCUUGAUCUUACAACUGAUGAGACAAUUGAUGAGUUUGAUGACCAGGAAAAUAGAAAAGCAGUUGUAAUUGGUGAGGAGACUGAAGAUAAUUCUGUCUAUCAAGUAAACCAAAUAAGCCUCAAAAGUUCAACAGGAGGAUGGUUUGUGUCAGAGGGAGAGUCUGUUCUUCUUGCUCAUGAUGAUGGAUCAUGCUCCUUUUAUGAUAUUGCUAAUUGUGAGGAAAAAUCUGUUUACAAGCCCCCAGAUGGAGUCUCACCUAAUAUGUGGAGAGAUUGUUGGAUAAUCCGUGCACCCGGUGCUGAUGGAUGCUCGGGGAGGUAUGUUGUGGCUGCAUCUGCUGGGAAUACUCUUGAUUCUGGAUUUUGUUCAUGGGAUUUCUAUACCAAACACGUGCGAGCUUCUUACAUAGAGCAUGGAGAAACAAACACUUCAAGAACAAUAUUAGGUCAGAUUCCCAGUAAUACUACAUACAGGAGAAAUGCUUUGUCUUGCAUAUCAUUGCCAGAAACUCGACAGUGGUGGUAUCGGCCAUGUGGGCCUCUUAUCAUAUCUACUGCCAGCACUCAAAAGGUUGUGAAGAUAUUUGAUAUACGUGAUGGAGAGCAAAUAAUGAAAUGGGAGGUGCAGAAGCCUGCUUUAGCAAUGGAAAGUUCAAGUCCUUUGCAGUGGAGAAACAGAGGAAAAGUAGUAGUAGCUGAAACAGAAUCAAUUUCUUUGUGGGAUGUCAACUCUCUUAACCAACAAUCAUUGUUAUCAAUUUCUUUGUCUGGUCAAAAAAUUUCUGCUCUUCAUGUGAUUAACACUGAUGCUGAAUUAGGUGGUGGGGUUCGGCAAAGAGUAACGUCAGCCGAAGCUGAAGGAAAUGAUGGUGUAUUCUGCACCUCGGAUGCUGUUAAUGUCUUAGACUUUCGUCAUCCAUCUGGCAUAGGUCUUAAAAUACCUACAGUUGGUGUUAGUGUGCAGUCAAUCUUUACUCGCAGAGACUCUAUCUACAUUGGCUGUACUAAUAUGAAGUCUGCAGGGAGGAAAGAAGCUUGUUCACAGGUGCAACAGUUCUCAUUGCGCAAACAAAAGAUAGUCAGCACAUACUCUAUGCCAGAAUCUAAUGCUCACUCGCAUUACUCUGGCAUAACACAGGUUUGGGGAAAUUCUGAGUUGGUUAUGUGUGUUUGUGGGCUGGGGCUGUUUGUGUUUGAUGCCUUGAAGGAUGACAUCAUGCAGUCUUGUGCUGUUGAUUAUGGUAGUACGGAAAAGGUAAAAGAGGUUAUUGGUCCAGAUGACAUGUAUUCCCCUUCUUUUGACUACUUGGCAUCUCGUGUCCUCCUAAUAUCAAGAGAUCGUCCAGCGCUGUGGAGGCACUUACCAUAGGCCUAUGUAAUAUAUCAAUCCAUAUAAGCCUGGUGCUGCUGGUGUAAUUUGUUGUUAACAAUGUGCUUCUGUUUAUGUAUAAUAUAUGUUAUGUAAGAUUAAAAACAUAUACUAUUUAUUGAGGCAAAGCUUAUUGAAAUAUAGGAUGAUCUUGAAAGGCCACCUGUUUAUUUUA